AUAUGACAUUUACUAACAUCCGUUUACUAACAGAUUUGCCCCAGGUUGGGGGAAAGGGGGACAUGAAAGAAGAGAAACACUGUCUUUAAAUGUCCCCUUGCCUGUAAGACAAAUCUCAGUUUUUGAAAGGUCAGCACGGCAGUAAUAAUGUCAGAGCCGACUUUCCCGAUCAGUUGCCAUGUGCCCAGCAUUAGUGGUUGCACGCUUUGCAAGUAUUAACUCACAUGUCCUCACAGCAGCCAUGUGAGGUGGUAGGUAUUCGUGUCAGCCUCCUUUUCCAGAAGAGGAAAUGGGCUCAGAGUAGGCACUACACAAGGUCUCAUCGUGAGUGAGUGGCAGAGCAGGAGCCAGCUUCAAAGCCAAGCUUAAAUUGCCAUGACGCAGGUGUCCAGGUUCCCAGAGCUGGACGUCAGUGCUGCCCAGAGUGUAGUAAUCGAGUCUGAGGCCCUGAACCUGAGGGCACAAACCCUGAAGCUGGUGCCCCUCUGCAGACCCUGGCAUCUGCUCAGCGAACAGCUCCCCUGCUUCUGACACAGCCAGAUGACAGUGCCAACUUCCGGAAGCGGGGCUCGCUGCUUUGGAACCAGCAGGAUGGCACCUUGUCCCUGUCACAGCGGCAGCUCAGCGAGGAGGAGCGGGGCCGACUCCGGCUGCCCCCAAACAGAAUUUAUUGUGCGUGUAACUGGUGCAUCCAGGCGUGGGGUGGAUGUCAGGUGCGGCUGGAUCCAGGCACAGGGAAGGCGUCCUCAGGACCCACUCCGUCGUUGGGCUGGGCUCUGCGCUCCUUGUGAUGGCUUCUCCCCUAGGUGGGGCAGUCCCAGCUGCUCCUGGCCUCACCCACCAGCCGGGCCACCCCAGCAGGAAGAGUCCUGGGCAGACUCAGGAUGUGGCAGCGCUGAACGGCCUGUACCGGGUCCGGGUCCCGAGGCGACCUGGGGCCCUGGAUGGCCUGGAAGCUAGUGGCUACGUCUCCUCCUUUGUCCCUGCGUGCUCCCUGGUGGAGUCCCACCUCUCGGACCAGCUGACCCUGCAUGUGGACGUGGCUGGCAACGUGGUGGGCGUGUCGGUGGUGACGCACCCCGGGGGCUGCCGGGGCCAUGAGGUGGAAGAUGUGGACCUGGAGCUGUUCAACACCUCGGUGCAGCUGCAGCCGCCUGCCACAGCCCCGGGCCCUGAGACGGCGGCCUUCAUCGAGCGCCUGGAGAUGGAACAGGCCCAGAAGGCCAAGAACCCCCAGGAGCAGAAGUCCUUCUUCGCCAAAUACUGGAUGUACAUCAUUCCCGUCGUCCUGUUCCUCAUGAUGUCAGGAGCGCCGGACACUGGGGGCCAGGGUGGGGGUGGGGGUGGGGGCGGUGGUGGGGGUAGUGGCCGGUGAGGGCCCAGGCUGGUCAGCCUCCCGUCCUGCACACCCAGGAGCCUCCCUUUCUGCUGGAGUCCCCUGUGUCCUCAGCCAUCCCAAGAAGGGUUUACUGGUCCCUCCUUUCCCCCCAUCUCACGAGUCCCCUUGUCCUCUGCCUUCUUGCUGGCAGCCGAGCGGCUGGAUUGGGGCCUUUGGCACGGGAGCUGGUGUCUCCUGCACCCGCCUCCCCAUGGCCCCAUGCAGCCCUAGGGGCUUCCCCCCCUGCCCAUGGAAUAGAGCCCGAGAUCCCGGCCACUGUGCCAGCUCUGACCUCACAUCCCCCCACCCCGAGCCCGUGCAGUCUGGGAACAUGCCACCUUCUCUCCCGCCUCUGUGCCUUUGUUCCAGGGGGUCUCCCCUCCUGUCCCUGGCUGGGUUAGGUGGUCCUGUCCAGGCUUCUGCAGCGCCCCCCUCACUUUGACACUGGACUAGGAUGCAGCCUCCCUUCUGUGUCCCCUUGAGGGUACCCUUGGUCCCCUCAUCAGGGGCAGAGGCAUGAAAGAGCCAGGGCUGGAUGGCCAGGGACUUCUGGGCUUGACUCCUAGUGCGGUCCCUGCGGUCGUGGUUUGACAUUUGUCUGCCUGGUGCAGACAAGAAAUCCUUGCCUUUAGGGUGACAGGCCCUCCACAGGCCUCCAGACUUGAAGGAAAAGAUUUAAGAUUAAAAAAAAAAACCCAACAGUUAGUGAAGUCAAAGGCCAGACACUGUAAAUAGAACCCCCCCCCACCGCCCCCCGCCGCCCAGCAUCCUGCCUGGACUGCGGUGCUACGAGGGGCUGUGGCUGUGCGCUGCCCUCUCUGUAAGUCUAUUUAAAAACAUCGACGAUACAUUGAAAUGUGUGAACGUUUUGAAAAGCUACAGCUUCCAGCAGCCAAAAGCAACUGUUGUUUUGGCAAGACGGUCCUGAUGGCAAGACAGUCAAGACAGCCUUGACUGAAAUUCACUGCUCACUUGAUACCUAAUUCAGAAACCCAAGGAAUGGCUGUCCCCGUCGUCAUGGCUGUGUGAAGCUCAGCUGUGCCGUGUGGCAGUUUAUGAAACUGGCCACCAAAUCAACACUCAGCUGGCCUCCUGCAUUGAGUGGUUAUAAAUAGCACCCAGUGAAUGCUCUCACCCAGUCUCUCCUGGUUGUGGUUUGAAUGAUCUCGGGACGCACGACUAAAAUGGAAUUACGAUGGCAGAUGGGAAACGCGCUUAUGAACAAGUGAUGGGUUCACGUGAGUCGACUGUCAAGACCAGGAGGUGGUGCAUGGUGGGACGUUGCCUUCCCUUUCAUCACUUCUUUUUGAUUUUGAGACAAGGUCUUGCUCUGUCACCCAAGCUGGAGUGCAGUGGUGAUACCUUGUCUCACUGUGAUCACCUCCUAGCUCAGCGAUUCUCCCACCUCAGCCUCCUGAGUAGCUGGGAUUAGAGGCGUGCACCACCACACUCAGCUAGUUUUUGUAUUUUUUGUAGAGACGGAGUUUCACCAUGUUGCCUAGGCUAGUCUUGAACUGCUGUACUCAAGUGAUCCACCUGCCUCGGCCUCCCAAAGUGCUGGGAUUACAGGCAUGAGCCACUGCGCCUGGCCUAUUUUUGGUAGCUUUAAUAAAGAAGAUAGUCUUAGCA